AUGCCUGUAGUGAUUAAAAAAGGAUGCAAUCCUGUUAAUAAAACUUGGAUCAGUGAAGAUAAUAACCCCAGUUUUGUUGAAAGUUUGUGUUGUUUACACAAAUUGAAAAAAGAAGAUGGUAUAAGUGGCUUUGAAGGAUAUCGCAGCAUGUUAAAGAGCGAUAAAGCAAUGUUACAAUUUUGUGGAGUACAAGUUGAAAAUUUUAAUUUAUUUAUGAAAGUUACAAUUGGUAUAAUCUUUGGUAUACAUAGGACUACGGUACCAGACAUUUUCUUUUCAUUAGUACAGUAUUUGAACAAAGCCUGUAAAGAUUUUGUUCCUUGGCCAACUCAACAAGAAGUUAGAGGUACCACGCCAUCCUGUUUUAAGCCUGAGUACAGCAAUUGUAGAGUGAUCAUUGAUGCCACUGAAUUCAGGAUGGAAGAACCUCCACGCACUGAUGACCAAAUACAAUCAUGGUCCCAUUAUAAAAAAGGAUACAGGCUCAAAGUUGUUGUUGGGUGUACGCCAGGUGGUUUGAUAUCAUUUAUUAGUGGUGGAUAUGGUGGCAGAGCUAGUGACGUACAAAUCACUGCUUCAUCAGAAUUAUUGAAGCUCUUAGAACACGGUGACAUUGUAUUAGCUGACAAAGGCUUUCCUACUAUUCAAACUAAAUUGAUGGAAAGUGGUAAGAGUGUUCUAGUAGUAAUGCCUCCGUUUGUCCAAAAUCAUCACUUAUCAGCAGAAGAUAGGGAGAAGCAACGCCAUGUAGCCAGAGUUAGAAUCCAUAUAGAAAGAAUUAUGCAAAGACUCAGAGUUUACAAAAUACUGGACUUAUUUACAAUUAAGAUGCUACCUUAUGUGGAUGACAUAAUAUUUAUGUGUUGUGUUCAAGUCAAUCUUCAACCACCCAUUAUCAAAGAUUGA